ACAGCUAAGGCGUCCGUCGAAAUUUACUCCCAUUGUUUGCGGUGAAAAAAAUCGUUUAUUUUCAGUGAAAAUUCGUUCAAUUUAACCCGCAAACAAACCGCAGCCGGCCAACGAUGGAACGCAAACCGGAAACCCAGAUCCAGAACGCCCCGAGCGAUAUAAUAUCGUCGGUAAAGUUUUCACCCAACACCAAUCAGUUUCUGCUGGUUUCCAGCUGGGACUCGAGCGUCCGGCUGUACGACGUCGUCAACAACACCCUCCGCCAGAAGUACUACCACGAUGCACCGGUGCUGGAUUGUGCUUUUCACGACUCGGUCCGUACGGUCAGCGCCGGGUUGGACAACCUGGUCAAGUUAUACGAUCUGAACACACACGCCGAAAGCAUCCUCGGAAGUCACGAUGCCGGGGUGAAAUGCGUCGAAUACUCGUCCAAAGUGAACGGCAUCCUGACGGGAAGCUGGGACAAGACAGUCAAAAUGUGGGACAUCCGAGAUAAGGAUUGCGUAGGGAAGUACGAACAAAGCAACGGAAAGGUAUACUCGAUGAGUUGCAUUGACGAGAAACUGGUGGUGGCCACCUCCGAGCGAAAGGUUCUGGUGUGGGAUCUCCGUAACAUGGGACAGUACCUGACCAGGAGGGAAUCGUCCCUCAAGUUCCAGACGCGAGCCAUUCGAUGCUUCCCGAACAAGGAAGGCUACGUGAUGAGUUCGAUUGAGGGUCGUGUGGCGGUGGAGUAUUUCGACAUGGACCCGGAGGUGCAGAAAAAGAAGUUUGCCUUCAAAUGCCAUCGCUCCAAGGAGAAUAACAUGGAACUGAUCUACCCGGUGAAUGCCAUCAGCUUCCACAACGUAUUCAACACCUUUGCCACCGGCGGAUCGGACGGAUACGUCAACAUCUGGGAUGGGUUCAACAAGAAACGCUUGUGCCAGUUCCAUCUGUAUGAUAGUUCGAUCUCCUCGCUGGCAUUCAGCUACGACGGAAGCACACUGGCCAUUGCUUGCUCGUACCUGGACGAAGCGGACAUGCCACCGGAGCCCGUUCCGGAACCGACCCUGUACGUGAGGUACGUGAGCGAAGCGGAGACGAAACCAAAAUAAUGUGAGAUGAUUAAUAAUUCUAAGGUAGCUCUAUGUUUCAUGUAAUUUUGUGGAUUAAAUAU